AUGGAUGAGCAAGAGUCGGCUGGCCCUGAAGCAGGAAGAGGCCAUGCCAGCCAAAUUAGGAGCAGUGGAGAAUUCUGGGAAAACCCAGUGCAGAAGAUCCUGGGUGAGGAGGACACUCUAUGCUCAGAGGUGCAGAGCCAGCAGUUGAGGCAGUUCUGCUGCCAGGAGGCCAAAGGACCCCGAGAGGUUUGCAGCCGACUCUACCACUUUUGCCACCAGUGGCUGAAGCCGGAAAGGCACACGAAAGCUGAGAUGCUGGACCUGGUGAUCUUGGAGCAGUUCCUGGCUGUCCUUCCCCUGGAGAUGGAGAGUUGGGUGAGGGAAUGCGGAGCGGAGACCAGUUCCCAGGCGGUGGCCCUGGCUGAAGGUUUUCUCCUGAGUCAGGCAGAGGAGAGAAAGCAGGUGAGAGAGACUUUCCUCUGGAUACGCCCAAGGGGCUCCAAACAGGACAGAGAACAUCCCAUAAUGGUCUGCUGAUGGCUCAUUCGUUUUCUGGGAAAGCAUCUAUGGAAUUACAUUUCACACCCUUCAAGUCUUUGUCAUUCUCUUUCUAAUAUUUCUCACCAUUCUCUGUUUUGAAUCCUUGUUUAUUUUCAGGGAAAGGAUCUCUUUGCAGAAAUGGACUUGGAUUCCUGUGAGGCAGAGAGGCCUCCGUUGGACACCAGAGAGAGGCCACUGGGUAGGGAGGAAGAUGGUUUUUCUCUGUCUGGUCUCAUUCUGUUGGUUUUCCAACUCAUCUGGGGGUUCUAUUCAUCUUGUUUUGGAGGGAAACAGUUGGGAACAAGGGUCCAUAGGAGGGGAGAUGUAUUUCUGCACAACUAACAUAUGAAAUGGGCACAAACGUCCAAAUGCUCUCAGCAGGUAAGGCUUUCUCAAAGGCCCAUCUGUAGUUAGAGAUGCCCUGUUUCACCUGUGAGAGAAGCCGGCACUCCUGGCGUCCUGGUUACCUUUUAUCUCUUGCAGGUGACAGAGUGAUCCCAGGAAGACUUCCUGAUCCAUCUUUUCAUGGGGGCAGAAGGGAAGCAGCGGCUGUGGAACCAGAUCAGGUCAGGGGAAGUCAAAGGAAGUCAAAGUCAAAGGGGGAAGAGAGAUAAGCCUGGGAAGAGGAGGUGUCAGAAGCUAAAGGGGUUAAAGGCCUUAGCGAGCUGGGAGACACUGUGGCAGAAUGCAGUGCAGAAUCACAGGCAGAAGAGGAAGGAGGCGAGUGGGAGGAGGGAGGUCGAGAGGCAGAGGUGAGUCAGGAGAAGGAGGAGCCACAAGUGGCUCCCUCUCCUUUUGCCAGAAGCCACCCUCCCUGCUUGUCUCUCAGAGCCAGGAGACCCCCUGCAAUGCAGAAAUCUCUGCUAGAUCAUCCAAGACAGAUGGCCAUCCAACAGAGGCUUAUUUGAUUUCUAUAUAGAUCACUGAAUGCUCAGAUUGGUUUCUAAGCAGUGGACAAAUGAGAACAAAUAGUGGCCUGGAUUCACCUAACCAGCCCCAUUGGCUGCAAAAUGGGACUUGCCCCCCAUUCCUCCCGCUCUAUGCCCCCAUGAACCCCUAGAAUUUGGCUCUAGGGCAUUAGGAGGGAACUCCCCAGAACAGCUCAGGAGGAGAGGAGAAAGUGGACCCUUCCAUCAGGCAAACUGGAAUGCUUGCGUAGGCAGAAUGACUUGGAAAACACAAGGUGUAGUACCACCUAUAUGCACAAAGACGAAUUCCCAUAAUUAAAACUCAGAAUAAAAUAAGCAUCCAUAAAUAAAAUGUGCAGCAAAGCAAUCCUAUUGAAACAACUCCCUGCGUGAGUGCCUGAGGGCCCUGCUCCUGCCACUCACCACCUGGCCCAGGGCGGGACCUGAAGCCUCAUAAGGACGGUUGCUGCUGCUGCUGCUGCUGCUGGCCAGGAGGACUCGGAGCAGUGCAAUGUUCUUUUUAAAAUGACUUGACCUGGCAUGUGUAACAGAGACUUGGUUGGCUGAAGCAGAUGGGCCUGUCCUUGCCGCUGCUUGUCCACCAGGUUUCACUUACACACAGCAACCCAGGCCUUGUGGGCGGGGAGGGGGGGUUGCAGUGACAUGGUCAGAUCACUUCCUGGUGCAACUGAACUUCUCCGCUACCCUUCCCCUCUGCAGGGAGGUGGGACCAAUUCGGAUGGUCCGCCCCCGCCACUUAAUGGAUCCAAAUGGUUUCCAGAGAGUGGUAGGGGAUGCUUUAUCCCAUGUUGAUGGCCUUUCAGCUGAUUCCCUGGUGGCCUGCUGGAACGCGGAGUUAACCAGGGGUAUUGACUGUUUGGCUCCGAAGCGCCCUCUCCGAUUGCAUGGAGCCCAGACAGCCCCGUGGUUUUCCACGGAUCUGAGUGAACAAUCGCUGAGAUGGCUAGAGCUCUGGUGGCAGAUAACUCAUUCUGAAGCUGACCAGACACGGGUUAGAGCUCAAUGUUGAGCCUACCAAGUGGCGGUAGCAACGGCGAAGAAGACUUUCUUCACCGCCUCAAUUGCAUCUGCGGAAAACAGCAGCAGGAGACUUUUUCAAGUGGUUUGCAAUUUAGUGGAACCACCUGCUACAUUGGGGCCCAGUAUGGGCCACAUGAUCUCCUGCAAUGAUUUUGCAAAGUUUUUUGCAGACAAAGUCGCUCAGAUUCAGGAAGAGGUAGACUCCACCGUGGGAGCAGGGCCGGGGCAGGAGAGUGCUAGUGUCCUGUCUAGUCAAGUUGCGUGGGAUCAAUUCCAAUCUGUUACCUCCGAGGAGCUUGGACGAGUGAAACCAACCACCUGUCUCCUUGAUCCUUGCCCAUCGUGGCUUAUAAAAGCUAGCCGGGAAGGGCUGGGCGAUGGGCUUUGCGGGGUCGUGAAUGCUUCUCUCUGUGAGGGAGCCUUCCCAGACCUGCUGAAAGACCGCUUCUUAAACCGCUUCUUAAAAAACCAUCUUUAGAUGCUGCCAAUAUGGCUAACUAUCGCCCAGUCUCAAAUCUUCCAUUCUUGGUCAAGGUGAUUGAGCGAGUGGUUGCUGAACAACUCCAGGCAUGCCUGGAAGAAGCGGACCAUUUGGAUCCCUUCCAGUCAGGAUUCAGGCCUCAUCAUGAGACUGAAACUGCCUUGGUCUGGGCUAGGGACAAAGGUGAGAGCUGUUUCCUAGUUCUGCUGGAUCUCUCAGUGGCGUUUGAUACCAUCGACCAUAACAUCCUUCUGGACUGUCUUGAGGGGCUGGGAGCUGGGGGCACUGUCAUACAGUGGUUCCGCUCCUUCCUCCUGGGCCGUGUUCAGAAAGUGGUGGUGGGGGAUGAGUGUUCAGACCCCUGGGCUCUCACUUGUGGGGUCCCUCAGGGUUCUGUCUUCUCCCCCAUGCUUUUCAACAUCUACAUGCAGCCGCUGGGAGAGAUCAUCAGGGGGUUUGGGCUGGGUGCUCAUCAGUAUGCGGAUGACACACAACUCUACCUCUCUUUCAAAUCGGAACCAGUGAAGGCAGUGAAGGUCCUCUGUGAGUGUCUGGAGGCAGUUGGAGGAUGGAUGGCGGCUAACAGAUUGAGGUUGAAUCCUGACAAGACAGAAGUACUGUUUUGGGGGGACAAGAGGCAGGCAGGUGUGGGGGACUCCCUGGUCCUGAAUGGGGCAACUGUGCCCCUGAAGGACCAGGUGCGCAGCCUAGGAGUCAUUCUGGACUUGCAGCUGUUCAUGGAGGCACAGGUCAAUUGUGUGUCCAGGGCAGCUGUUUAUUAGCUCCAUCUGUUACGCAGGCUGAAACCCUACCUGCCAGCAGACUGUCUCACCAGAGUGGUGCAUGCUCUGGUUAUCUCUCGCUUGGAGUACUGCAAUGCGCUCUAUGUGGGCCUAUCUUUGUUUUUUGUUUUUUUAAAUGAUAUUUAUUAUAAUUUUAAAAUUUGCAGAAAAAAGAAGAAAAGAAAACCACAAAAAUUACAAUACAUAAAAAAGUAAAACAUAAAAACCAAUAAAACAAUACAGCAAAAAAGAACAAUAACAUUAAAACACACAUCCAAUAUUCCAUAUCUUUAUCUUUCAUUUGCUUGUUUCAUUGACCUCCUCACAUCUCCCUUUCUGUAUUCUAGUUUAAUUAAUUGUUUCAGCAAAUUCUUUCCAUCUUUCUCAAUUUUGUUGAAUAAUUUAUCUUAACGGUCUAAACCUAUUAAUUAACUCAGCAAAUCCUUUCCAUCUUUCACUAUAUUCUGUCAUUCAGUUUACCUUAAUUUAUUUUAACCUUAUCUUACCAUAAAAUACCUUAAAACUUAAAACUUAAUACUUAUUUAUACAUAACUCAUUAUAUCAUUUCUACUAAAGCAAAAUAGUUUCAUUCCAACAUUUUUCCUAACACUUAUUAAUUUUACACUAAUUCUCAAAAUAAAUUUUUAAGAACUUUCUUCCAAUCUUCAUCCAGCGUCUCUUCUUCCUGGUCUCGGGUUAUGUCAGUCCUUACUGUCCGUUCCAUCUAGUCCAUCAACCUGGUGAUCUUAUCUCCGAGGCUCUUAAGUCUUUUCCAUGUCCCUUCUGCAGAUCUUCUUCUUGUUUAUACCUGCACUUUACCUUGUCUUUUGUUGAUCUUUUUCUUAAUUUCUUUCCUUUCUCAUUGAGGAGUAGGUCUCGGGGAGACUCCAACCCAAGAAUAUCUCAGUCUCCCCUCCACAGAUCAGCCCAUUCUCCACAGUCAACACUGUAGUCCAGAAAGUAUUUAAAAGCAUGUUUCAAAAUCCCUCCAAAGUUAGGAGCCCCCACAACUCCAGACCCCCCCUGGCCCUAUGUGGGCCUAUCUUUGAAGGUGACCCUUAAACUACAACUAAUCCAAAAUGCGGCAGCUAGACUGAUGACUGGGAGUGGCCGAGACCACAUAACACUGGUCCUGAAAGACCUGCAUUGGCUCCCAGUAUGUUUCCGAGCACAAUUCAAAGUGUUGGUGCUGACCUUUAGAGCCCUAAAUGGCCUUGGUCCAGUAUACCUGAAGGAGCGUCUCCACCUCCAUCGUUCUGCCCAGACACUGAGGUCCAACGCCAAGGGCCUUCUGGCGGUUCCCUCGCUGCAAGAAGCCAAGUUACAGGGAACCAGGCAGAGGGCCUUCUUGGUAGUGGCACCCGCCCUAUGGAAUGCCCUCCUACCAGAUGUCAAAGAGAAAAAUAACUACCAAACUUUUAGAAGACAUCUAAAGGCAGCCCAGUUUAGGGAAUCUUUUAAUGUUGAAUAGAUUAUUGUAUUUUAGUGUUUUGUUGGAAGCCGCCCAGAGUUCAGGCUGGGGAAACCCAGCCAGAUGGGCAGGGUAUAAAUAAAUUAUUAUUAUUAUUAUUAUUAUUAACAGGAAAGAAACAAUAUAGCUUUGUGUAGCAAAUCAUAUUUCUGCUGUCUCAGAGGAGGACAUUUCCCUUUUCCAUUUAGGGUCCAGUGUGCUUUGAAGAUGUUGCUGUUCGUUUCACGGACAUGGAGUGGGUGUUGCUGGAUCCUGACCAGAGAGCUCUGCAUAAGGACGUCAUGGAGGAGAAUUGUGGGAUAUUGGCCUCUCUUGGUAAGGCUCCCUGUGGGAUCGUCAGAUCUGCCUGGAAAUUCAAAAAAUACCUCUAUGGGACCAACCUCAUACAUUUUUACAGAGCUCAACAGCGCCCCCUAUAACACCUGGGAACCUAACACCCCCACAAUAAAGAGUAAAUUACAGUUUUUUCUUUGAACAGUCUUCCUCAAAUUAUUCCUUUUACUACCACAAUUGGGCUGGUCUGAACUUCCCAGGCCAUCUUCAAUGUCAGCUUCAGAAUUGUUAGGAAAGCUAAGUAGCUUCAGGUUUUUGUUUUUGUUGCUGUCAGUCUUGGGUUGACCAAAGAGACGACUGGCAGCGAAGCUCAGGUGCUGCCAGCCAGAGAAGAAGCAGGCCUAGGGAGAGGAGAGUUAGCAGCGGAAGGCAGAGAGGAGGGGGAGAGGAACUGUCAUCUGAGCUCUGAACAAAGGGGAGAAGAAAAAGAGAGACAAGAGUGGCAGACAGCUGUGUGAGAGCUACAGGAGUGAGCCAGACGCUGGAAUGCAGGAAGCAUUCUCUGCCAAAUUUAAAGAUACUGGAAGAGAAGGUGGGGGCUUCCGUGCUGGGGAAGGGGGAGGAGCUGAGUCCGGGCAACUCCAUCUUGUGGGGAGGACGAUGAGUAGAGGAGCUCUGUCCAAGUUUGUUGUUUUAGCAAUAAAUCUGAAAUUAUUAACAGCCAGAGUCGUCUCACGACCAAGCCAUAACAAGGACUGACAAUGGAGAUGGAGGGGAUGCCAUGACUGGGCCAAACAAAAUCCAUCCCAGAGAAGAGCUAGGCUUAUGGAAUCUCAGGUAGCAGUAGCAGUGAUGAGGAUGAGGAUGAUACAGUGGUACCUCGGUUUACAAACUUAAUUUUUUCCAGAACAGGUAGCACUGUAGUAGUAAUAAUAAUUUUUUGUAAUGUCUUGGCUCUCCCACAGAAGCGAGACACUGGCAGUAAUUAUCUCGGGUUUAUUGCUCAAACACAUAAAUCACUCCGGAGCUCUUUCACUCCGUGUCUGACUUCAAGUUUGCAGUUGCCAAGUCUAAACUCCGCCCCUUCCUCUUCUUCCAAGAGGGGAAUAAACCCUUUUGCUCCCGCUCUUUCCCCCUCCUCUUACUGACCUUUUUGCGCCUUCGAGUUUUUGGGCUAUUCCUGGCCUUUCCCCUUCUGUCUCUGAGCUAAGAUUGGUAUUUUGUGGAUCUUUGCUAUCUGCUGCCUUCUCUCUGUUCUCUGAAACUCUGCCACUCGGCUGCCCCUCCUCCCUCUCACAUUCCAGCUCACAUUCCAGUGUCCUUAUCUCUCUUUGCUUGCUUUCAUACAUUCCAGCCUAUGUCAGCUCCGGAACAAAGCAGUCAUUUUUAUUUCUACCCUGCCCAUCUGGCUGGGUUGCCCCAGCCACUCUGGGCAGCUUCCAACACAUAUAUAAACAUGAAACAUAAAUAAUAAUAUUCUGAUCCCAUAUAAAAAGAACAUUAACUUAAAAUGAACAACUUACACUGGUGGCCAAAAUUGUGGAAACCUUUUGUGAAAAGUGUAUUUCUGAGGUUUGAUGGCUCAUAACACCACUUUUGUGUGGAGUAAUACCAUAAAAUUAUAUAUCAAUGGAAAGAUAAUUUAAUUAAGAAUGUAAUGUAAUGACUUUUAUGAAGGAGUAUUUAUUGGAACAGCAGUCAUAAAGAAAAAACGUGAAACCUUUGGUAACCAUUGGUAACCUUUAGCUUUAAUUACGGCCUCACAACGCCUUCCCAUGAAGUGAACCAAAUUUUUAGUUCUGCACCUGUAAGAAUGUGAAACCAAGACUGAAUCAUUGCCUCUGUUAAUUGGGCUUUAUUGCUGGGUUGCUUCUAACAAAAAAGUUUCUUUAGUCGGCUCCAUAGAUUUCUGAUUGGGUUAAUGUUUGGGCUAUUCCCAGGCCCUUACGGCAGUGGAAUAGGAUUAUCUUGAAAGCACCGUUUGCACACAGCAGCAACAUGACAUGGAGCUGAAUCUUGUUGAAAUAGAAAAAUAAAUAAAUAUGCUUCAGUAUCUCUGAAAGAUCACCUGCAGAACACUUCAGUUUGGGCUAAAGUAUUUCAUUUAUGUAUUCUGGGGCAUUUACAUUCCCAUUAAUGACACAAAUUCUGCCCACACCUUUUGCUGCCAUACAACCCCAGAUCAUCACACUAUCUGGGUGUUUCACGGUCGGUAUAAUGCAAGUAGGAUGUAAAUCUUCUCUGAUUCUUCUCCUCGCGUAUUUCAUGCCAUCACUACCAAGCAAGGAGAUUUGGCUCUCAUCCCUCCAAAUAACACUGUCCCAUUGUUCCACUGUCCACUUAACAAGGGUUUAGUCAUGGCGUGGUGUAGUGGUUAAGAGCGGUAGACUCGUAAUCUGGUGAACCGGGUUCGCGUCUCCGCUCCUCCACAUGCAGCUGCUGGGUGACCUUGGGCCAGUCACACUUCUCUGAAGUCUCUUAGCCCCACUCACCUCACAGAGUGUUUGUUGUGGGGGAGGAAGGGAAAGGAGAUUGUUAGCCGCUUUGAGACUCCUGAAGGGGAGUGAAAGGUGGGAUAUCAAAUCCAAACUCUCCUCCUCCUCCUCCUCCUCCUCCUCCUCCUCCUAUCUUUUCAAACUUUGCUUGAGAGAUAGCAAUGGCUUUUUCCUUAGAACUCUAACAUUUAGACCAGUCCUUGCACUCAACUUCACAUUACAUUGUGCCAUGUCAUCUUGUAUACACCCAGAUAAUAUUCUUCUGUCAUGUAGGGACAGUCUCUCCAUUCUUCAAUCGUCACUUGCCUUUGUGCACCUUUUCCUGCCUUUACCGGUCUGAUUUUGUUGUCACUGAGUCUCCUUAUACCUCUUCCAAAAUAUAGAAAUGCCAGCUUUGGUUAAGUUUUCCCCAAUCUUUCUUCUAAUUUCUUCAUAACUGUAGCCCUGUUCACUUAAUAGUACAAUUUUACAUCGCUUUCUGGGUGACCAGUCAACUCUUUGUGCCAUUUCUAUAAUUUUAUUAUGUUUUACAACCUCACUAAAUGAAAGAAGACAGAAAACCAACCAACUUGUUAGCAAUCACGUAACACACUGACAAAAGUCAACCUAAGCAAGUUGUGCUUCCUUUUUCUGGUUAUUUGGCUAUAAUGUUUCAUAGAAUAUGGAUAAUUAAACAAACUUUGUUGAAUUGCAUUCUUGAUUAAAUUAUCUUUCCAUUGAUAUAUAAUUUUAUAAUAUUACUCCAAAAGAAUCAGAGUUUUUGCCAUCAAACCUCUGAAAUACACUUUUCUCCAAAAGGCUUCCGCAAUUUUGACCACUACUGUAUAUCAAACAAAGCAACAUUCAACAACUCAUCAGAAUAUAAUAAUAAAUAUGUUGGUUAAUGACAAACAACACAGGUAAUGAACACAAGCCCAACUUCCUUCAGUUCUUCUCCAUUUGUUCAUGAGUGUCUAACCCAUUUUUGUCUCCAUUGCAGAUUGUAAUGAAUCGGAAAUCGAGAACAAAGGUGACCAAGAUAAAAUCCCCAGAGAGGAGAUGCCACGUAAAAAUUUAGAGUGUGGAGAAAGCUGUAGUCAGAGCUCCCAUUCCACUUCCCAUCAACAAAAUCUCAUCGGAAAGAAACCAUAUCAGUGUGUGGAAUGUGGAAAGAGCUUCAGUAAGAAGGACAGUCUUACUUCCCAUCAAAGAAUUCAUACAGGGGAGAAACCCUAUCAGUGUGUGGAAUGUGGAAAGAGCUUCAGGAGGAAGGACAUUCUCACAUUUCAUCAAAGAAUUCAUACAGGGGAGAAACCCUAUCAGUGUGUAGAAUGUGGAAAGAGCUUCAGUCACAGCUUCAGUCUCACUUCCCAUAAGCGAAUUCAUACAGGGGAGAAACCCUAUCAGUGUGUGGAAUGUGGAAAGAGCUUCAGGCACAGCUCCGGUCUAACUUCCCAUAAGCGAAUUCAUACAGGGGAGAAACCCUAUCAGUGUGUAGAAUGUGGAAACAGCUUUAAUCACAGCCAUAGUCUCACUUCCCAUCAAAGAGUUCAUACAGGGGAGAAACCCUAUCAGUGUGUAGAAUGUGGAAAGAGCUUCAGGAAGAGCUGCGAUCUCACUUGCCAUCAAAGAAUUCAUACAGGGGAGAAACCCUAUCAGUGUAUGGAAUGUGGAAAGAGCUUCAGUCAGAUCUCCCAUCUCACUUGCCAUCAAAUAAUUCAUACAGGGGAGAAACGCUAUCAGUGCUUUGAAUGUGGAAAGAGCUUCAGUCACAGCCACAGUCUCACUUCCCAUCACAGACUUCAUACAGGGGAGAAACCCUAUGAAUGUGUGGAAUGUGGAAAGAGCUUCAGGAAGAGCUCCCAUCUCACUUCCCAUCAAAGAAUUCAUACAGGGGAGAAACGCUAUCAGUGCAUGGAAUGUGGAAAGAGCUUUAGUCACAGCCAGAGUCUCACUUCCCAUCACAGAGUUCAUACAGGGGAGAAACCCUAUGAAUGUGUGGAAUGUGGAAAGAGCUUCAGGAAGAGCUCCCAUCUCACUUCCCAUCAAAGAAUUCAUACAGGGGAGAAACCCUAUCAGUGUAUGGAAUGUGGAAAGAGCUUCAGGAAGAGCUCCAAUCUCACUUCCCAUCAAAGAGUUCAUACAGGGGAGAAACCCUAUCAGUGUGUGGAAUGUGGAAAGAGCUUCAGGAAGAAGGACCAACUCACUUGCCAUCAAAGAAUUCAUACAGGUGAGAAACCCUAUCAGUGUGUGGAAUGUGGAAAGAGCUUCAGUCGGCGCUCCUCUCUCACUUCCCAUCAAAGAAUUCAUACAGGGGAGAAACCCUAUCAGUGUGUAGAAUGUGGAAAGAGCUUCAGUCAAAGCUUCAAACUCACUUCCCAUAAAAGAAUCCAUACAAAGGUCGGGAAAACCAUUAUACAGCUUUAA